AAAGAUAAAUAAAUAAAUAAAAGGGCUGCUGAUCGAAGUUUGUCAUUGAGACCAUCUAACGAAUAACGCCGCACAGAACCAAAAAUGGUAGUUCGAUCUCAAAAUUGGGGCUAUGUUCGAAUCAUUGCCGGCACUAUUUUUGGUGGCGCUCUUGGCUUCUAUGUUAUGGAUCGGGUUGAGAAGAGCUACAAGGAGAAGAUGAAUGAUAGACUGAGAAAGUACGAGCGCGAGUUGAAGAAGAGAGAGGAGAAGAAUCAGCUUGAAGAGUCUCUGUAAUUUGUUUUAGUAGUUGCUGAGAAAUUGUAGGGAAAAAGACAAGUUAAUAUUGAAUUUUGUGUAUCUUUCAUUGCUUCUAUGCUAAAAGCCUUCUUUUGGGAACCAUUCAAGUUGGGAAUUCUGUGGUCAAAUUUAUAACAGGUAAAGCUAUCGAAACUUUUGAUUUUUA